AUGGAGAGCAGACGUGCUUUGGAGGAGCUCCUCUAUGGCCCAGCAACUAAAAGCAUCAUUAAACCUAAAAUAGCUCAAGACUGGGCAAACCAAGCAAAGCCCUUUACCUCCAACUCACCGACUAAGCGAAGAAGUGGACAAAGACCCGUUGGGAAACAUGUAGCUCCACCUUGGCUGUUGCGGCCUGGUGCACGCCGGGUGGGGGUUGCGGCCGAACCCCUGGACUGGAGAAGCCAGAAGGAUGCCAGUCACACGUCGAGACUCCGUUGCUCCCCCCUUUUGGGCCGGGCGGGUGAUCCCGGUCCACCCCAGGAAGGUUACCCAGCUCACACAGAAGCGCCCUGGACGACAGGGGAAAGCGGCACAUCACCAAACAUGGCGGAUGCGGCAUGGCCUCCACGAACCGGUGCUGACCAAGACGACAUUCUCACCAGGCUAGACUGGCACUUCACAAAUUUUUGGCGGCAACUGGAACGGCGGAUGAGAUGUCCUGCCCCUCCACCAGCGAAUACUCACCGCAUACCACGAAAUUUCCCUCCCAAGCCCUCAGCUCCACCAGCGGAUAAAGUCCCAACAUGGCGGCGCAUCAAGUACCGCAUUUCACCCAGACGCAAAGCGGCACCACGGAAGCCACACAGGGGAAUACAAAUAAGGUCACAGCCAGAGAAGUGGAAAGGGACCCCAAAAGUGACUAAAGAAUCGACCUACCUGCCCGCAAUCAGGGGCCUUGCCAUGCAGUGUGACUACUCGAAGUGGAACUGUGCUGUACCCCUGGCUGGCAUAGGCUGUCCGGGGCUCCGGGACUGA